GGAGGUUUUGGGUAGAUUCGAGGAUUUUUUUCCGGUUUGAGCCGAGCAGUGGGUCAGCGACAUCUCCAGAGCAGCGGGGUUUUCCUUUCAGGUUGGAUGAAUCGACAGGGAGGGGAGACCUCACACUCAACCUCCAUGUGCAUCCGAUGACGGCUUGCCGGAGCAACAGUACAAGGGUGGCAGCGACCCAACAAGAGACGGGGGGAGAAGGCAGGCAGCGUGUUGAGUCUCUUCGAGUCGUUGCAAAGGCCCUGGUCUCAGCAUGUUUCGGCUCACAAACUCCCCAAGAUCAGCAGGUGGGACGUGCGCAGCAAUGGCCAAGACGGUGCGCAUUCCCAUGAGCAUGAGUGAUAGCUCUGGCACGCAGCAUAUGAUCGAAGUGCCCCAGCCAGUGACCUUACAGGGGAUUAAGGAGGCUGCCGGGAAGAAGUUUAAGGACUUCCGGCCCAAGAAGGGACUGGCCUAUCAUAGCUUUACCGGUGAAGAGCUCACGGAAGACUUGGUGACUUCCCUCUUCAGUGGCGUGGGUACCGCUGGGGUGGUCUUGUGCAUGAAGACCUGGAAGGGUGCAGCGAAGUUGAAAGCCAGCGCUGCAGCCGGAUACAGAUCUCCAUUGCCAUGUGAAGGUGCCAGUCAGCUACAGAGAGCGGCGAUAAUGCUCCAAGAAUGCGAGGUUUUGCUGGUUUUGGUGGGUGCUGGAAUGGGCGUGGACUCAGGCUUGAGCACUUUUCGAGCCAAGGAUGGCAGCUACACCAAGGAGGAGUACAUGGACCUGGCAAGGCAUCAGAGCUUCCGGGAGGACAUCGAGAAAGCGUGGCGUUGGCAUGGAGCCAUGUUGGAGACCUUCCGCCAGACCCCGCCUCAUGCAGGUUAUGGAAAGCUCUUGGAGUUGUGCCGCCGCGCAGACUUCUUCGUUUGCACCUCCAACAUCGAUGGAGCGUUCCUACGCGCCGGCUUUCCACCGGAACGGCUUUUUGAGGCACAUGGCUCGGUCCACAUGUGGCAGUGCUGCGAUCCCAAGUGCAAUCGGGCGCACCCACCCUGGCCGGCUCAGGCGACCAUGGAGUUGCCCCAGUGUCGCCAUUGUGAGGACUAUGCUCGGCCCAAUGUGGCCUUCUUUGAUGAUGACCUAGGGAGCAACGCCAGGACCUUCAAUCCCAAGUACAUCGAACCACAACGUGCUCGGUUUCAUCGAUGGCUCGCAAGCUUGGCCGGGCGUCAAGUGUGCGUUUUGGAAAUCGGUUGUGGCUCCAGCGAACACAGCCUUCGGAUGCGCUGGACGGAGAACUCCUGGUGCUGCAUGUCAGGGGAAUGGAAGAUCCCUCGCCUUGCUUGCCCGUUGGUGCGCUUGGACCCUGGAGAAGCUGAAGAAGUGGAGGAAGGACACUUGGGAAACUUGGUGCAUUUGCUGCUGGGAGCGCGAGAUGCCUUGGAGCAGCUGUCUGUGGAGUUGGGAGGGGCGACCCGCGCGGAUGCGGUGGAAUGAAGGAGUGUGAUUCGUGCGAAGUUGGUGUGAAGGAGCGGAUGUAAGGGCCACCCAUGAGCAGGUGGGAUACUACAAGAGCAUGACGAACCGGCAAACGGUACAAGGUUCUUCAGGAGAAGCUCCCCAUUUGCCCCAUGCCCAUGAACCGCGAGUACCAUCGAUUCCGUUGCUGGGUGCAACUCGGGAGCCGGUCCUGUGCAACUGGGUUUUUAGCUCCGUCCAUGAACGACGUUGAACAGCGCCUUCAGAGGAAAGCUGCUGACUCGGCUGCGCUUGAUUGGGUGAACAAGUCCUCCUCAAGCUGGCAGCAUUGAAUCAAUGCAC